GGAGGAGAAAUUGCUUCAUAACCAGUUCUUGGUCAUUUUGUUUGCUUAUUUCCACCGGCGACACAGCUUUUCUGCUUGAAAUCUUUCAAUGCCAAGCACUACAGGGGUGCUUAUAUGUUUUUUGAGUUGCUUCAUAUCAUCCAGGCAAGAAGAGAGAGCAGAGGAAGCUAAGAAGGCAAAACUGACCCCACCUGCUCCUAUUCAGCAUGCCAAAAUCAUCAGGGAACUCAUUAGAAGAUGUGGACAAAGAGAUGUCGAGACCAAUGUUUUGUCGACUUUCUGCUCUAAUUAUGAGACAAUGGCCAUGGAUGACUUGGCUAAUCUUCAAGAAGAUGAAAUCAACUAUGGACCCGACUGCGAAUGCUACAACUGUGCUUACGAAGGCAAGUUCUUCUGAGGAAUAGGAUGGAAUAUUCCUAUGUCUUUUUAUGUAUAUAUUUUUGUUGAUGCGUACUCUGAUGUAUAUCGUCUACUACUGAGAUACUGUAAACUGUGUAAAUAUUCUCUUUUUGUAAGGUAUGUAACGCUUAUUUAGAUAAUUGUAAAUAUAUCUUAUCACUUAGUUGGCACUAGAGCUUAUGUAAAAUAUCUUAUUGUUGGACUAUGCAUGUGUAUAUAAA